CUCCCCCCUUCCGCCGCCGCCAGUCCAGCCGCGCGAUAACCUUUGCCCUUUGUCCCUUAGUGAUGACCUUAGCGCCGUUGCCAAGAUGGCGCUGUCCAGGCUGGGCUGUGGCCGGGGCGGUCUGCCUGGGGGGCUCCUGGGCGUAGGGCCCGUAACCGUCCCCGCCAACUGCCUGCGCCGGGUCCUGCGCGUCCCCGAGCCGGUCCCCGCCUGGAGGGCGCUGAGGCACCCAGCAUGCUGCCUCUCUACAAAGACAAACCCCAAAGCCCUCCUUGCUGCUGUCAUAUCACAAUUCAAAUAUGCCAAUGGAAAAUACGAGAGCUUUUUGGAAAGGACAUUCCCCCGCUUCUAUGUAUUGUAUUCAACUUUUAUGAAAGGAUGUCAGACAUUGUUUUCGGAAGCAAAAGAAAUAAGAAGAAUAAAGUUAAACAUGUCUCUUAAAAAGAUCGAUUUUCAUCAGCUUCCGUACAGGGAGAUGGAAAGACUAAGACAGUUUCGCAGGGACCUGAUCAAGGCCAUUCCUAUUGGGCUUCUCUCCCUUCCACCUUUUGCCAACUACUUGAUCUUUUUGCUGAUGUACUUGUUCCCAAGGCAACUGUUGAUACGCCACUUCUGGACCCCAAAGCAGCAGUUUGAGUUUCUGAACAUUUAUCAUGGUAUGCGGAGAGAGGUGUACCCAGAAAUCAUUGAUGGCUUAGAGCACGUGACUCGUUUUGUAGCUGAUCAGCAGCUCCGAGACCAGAUGCAAGAGCUCUGCACCAAGGUGCAGAGCGGUUCCCAUCCAGAGACGGCGAAACUCCUGGCCGUGAGAAGCUUGUUUGCAGGACAUCCCCUGGGCCUGCAAAGGCUGCGCAUUUGGCAAGUGAAAGCCUUGAGCCGGGUCCUGUUCCUGACUCCUCACUUGCCGAUCAUCUUCCUGAGAUACCGGCUGCGGAGCCAUAUGUUGGAGCUACAGCAUCUAGACCGAGCCAUGCGGAAGCUGGGAGUGAGCGAACUAUCUGAAGAAGAAGUGAAAAUGGCUUGUUAUAUCCGUGGCCUGAACUCCACCCACCUCAGCCCAUCCGAAUGCCAAAACUGGCUGAAGCAAUGGGUGCAGCUCUCCUGCGAGCUGAAAGAUGUGGAGGUCUCGCUCCUGGCGCAUAGCAUGGUCUUACUGUCCACCAACUACCUCGGGGCCAAGGAGUGACGGCACAGGCACCGACGUCAACCUCUUUCCAGUGCUGGUGGGCGCAGCAGGGUAGUUUUUUUUGCUCGCAUUGCAGGACGAGGGCUGGACUUUAGUGAGAAACACCUUGCUUUUUGCCUGCUGAUCUAGCUCUAAACAGUGCCACAUCGAAGAGUAAAACCCUUCCUCAGCCCUGCCAGAGCGGAGUGCUGCAAACAUAUUUACCUUAGCCACACCGUCAAGUCCCCAGAGCAAGAACCUGCUGUGGCUCCCCCUCCCUGGGUGGUAGAUUCCAUGGUUUUUGAAUGUGUAAGAUUGGCCCUUACUGGGGGUGGGAACGACCCUGCAAUUCUGAGCCACGCAGACUCCCAUGCUCUUCCCUGUCAUUUUCCAAGUGAGACCACGCUGGGACACAGCCAGGAGCCUGGGCUGUGCUAUUAUAGCCUCAAACGGUGGCACUUUAAAUGUAAUCCUGUCCAGCGGAGAGCGCUACUCUUCCCCUGGGAGGCUCCCACUGGUAACGUAGAGCAGUGGGCAUUACCUAGCUCGGUUCCUUGUUGCUCCAGGACCUGUGACGAGACACCAGGCCGGAGCAGUGCUCUUUGUUGUUUUUCCUGUUAAGUUGUUAUGACUUUAUUUACUGUGUUGUUUUAGGAAUAAGGUGACUUUUACUAGGAGGGGCUGUGGGUGGAGCACCCUAGUUGCCAGGGGCUUUAUAAGUGACCUUGCCCCUUUGGCCAGUGAUAUGCCUUAAUGUUGAGGAUCCCUGUGUUUGUUCAGUUGUCUUUUUAGUUCACAGCAGCGCCCUGUUAAUGCUUAAAUCGUGACUGUUCUUCUCUGCCCUAGCUGACUGCUGGAAAGAUGCAGGCCAGGUCACUGCUUUCAAACUUGGCCACUCAGUCAGUUAGCCUGAUUUUCAGUUUCCGAGCCUCUACUGAUUUCAGGGGAAGCUGUGGGCGCUGAGCCCCUCUGAGGCUCAGACCACUUUGUAUAGAUGCCCCACUCUGAAAAUGCUGGCCUAGAGCCUACUGCCAUAGAAAUAAAUGCUGCUAAACAGCACUUGCCUGUUAAGAACGGCUCAGCUUCAUUUGGUCAAUGAAGUGAUUUAAAGUUCUGCCUAAUCAGUUUUUAGACUUGAACUUUCUGCUCAGUGAGAGGAUUUGGGAGCCAGAAGUUUGGUCAACUGGAGCUCCACCGCUGUGCACCUGAAUGUCUCGUGGCAGAGGCGGCACGUUGAGUUUAAGGGAUUUUUUAAAAAGUUACUUAUAACUAGUGUCUUAAGUUAUCUAUGGCAGUAAAAAUGCAUGAAAUGUCCGUCUUAAAUCUGUGGUACCCUUACAUAAAUAUUCCAUUAAAGACAACAGCUAAGGAAAGGUCUCUGGUGCAUUUUUACAAUUCGUCCAAUUAGUCUACCAGCACCUGUAACUCUGAUUAAGAGAGGUGGGACUGGAGCCCUGCGCUCAGAUUUUAAAGCGACAUGACGACAUGUUGAGGAUGACCCAUAGGAGCAAGCGAGCUGUUAAAGCCCCACUAUGUCCCAUUAAUAAACCAGAGGAUAUUAAGCUGCA